AUGUUGCAGUGUAUUCUCAUGACAAGCCACUUACGGGACUCCAGUGACCUGAAGGAUGUUCUUCUCAGGGCAAUUGACAUUGUCAUGCCAAAGAGCUUUGCUGAGGCGGUGCAUUCAGCAUUGGAAGGCCCCAAUUUCGGCUUUGGGUUGCGAGUACCAACUGCUGGGACGAUUUCUCGAGCAAGGUUGAGCGUUGAUGUAGCCCUCAUGCUGCGUGCACGGAGGCUCAAUCGUGAGGCUCACGCGGGUGCGGGGGUCGUGAGAUAUGUGAUGAUCGAUUCGUCCGUUCAAGGGCAUUUCGAUUUCGAGCUCAUCCGUGUGACGUCAGUACGAAAGGAAGCUUGCGGAGACUUGUUCCUAUCUGUUUUGCGAGCCAACGAGAUGUGGGCGGAGUUUUUGCAAGACAUGGAUGAGGAGGUUUUAGCUGAAACUGCACAAGAAGAAGUUUCGCUUUUCGCUGAGAUGUGGGCUAGCAUUGACGUUCGCUUGCCGCCUGCAGUCGUCCUAGGCAGUGCUCACACCACAUUGUAUCACAAGUUCCAUGCCGCUUUGCAUUGCUUCUUUUUAGAAACAGGCACCGCGUUGGAUCUCCGCGACUUUUGUGACUCCAUCUUCGCUUUUUGUACUGAUCAGGGUACAGAGUUCAAGCUCUCAUCAGUGCCCCCAGUCCUGAUCAGGCGUGCUUUGCCUUGGGUUGCCCAAGUCGGGAAUGAGGGCGAUGAGCAUGACUUCGCACCCCCCCUUGAGCAUGAGGAGGAUGCAGGGGCCACUGUUGACUUCAGCAAGUGUGUGGGUAUAGCGGGUUUGUUGCACAUCGUUCACAACUCUACAAUGGAUUUGGGCAAGUCGAUGCUUACUUUUGACGAGACCGUGAAACAGUUGACGCAUGUCUCAAAACUGUUGUGCAGAAAAGAAACACGCCAGCGGUUGCUUGAGUCUUGUUUUUCUGACCGGAUCGGGCAGUUUCUUCAGGGAGACAUCAAAGGCUUCACGGCGAAGCUCAAUCCUUCUCGGUGGGGGAGUUUGGCCCACUGCGUCAUUGAGCUUUUGAAAAUUGAAAACACCUUGCGUUUUGGUUGGAACUUGGAAAAGUACGGUCCAGGCCGUGCUGCAGAUGACAACAACCAACACGGCGUAGACUUGAAUAUCAUCGAUGCAGCUUUGUCUUCUGCGGAUUUCUGGGGUAUUCUCCGAAUGCUAUCAAGCCUUGCGACUGUCAUCAGUUCUUGCCUGCAGUGGGUUGAGUCGUGUCCAUGCCACGGCCAGUUGCCAGAGAAAGAGUUCCCCCAAAAAAUCAGAGACACAUGGGCGACAUGUCCGUUGAGGGGCUGUCGGGCGCCGGAGUUGGCCACGGGCGAGUUCCAAUCUCUCAUGCAGAGAUUGAGUGGAACCAGUGCGUCUGAGCUCUUAACGACAUUGCCUAGAGACAUAUCCCAGGAAUCUCGUGCUGCCAUUUUGCAGGAUUUCCAGCGUGGACGUUCGCACUUGCUGUUUGUGGUCAACCUUAGGCUAGCCCACUGGAAAGAGGCACCGUAUGUCAUCUUUGGUUGCGCACAUUUGGACAAAGAAAUCUCGAAACAGUUUCUUCGCAGAUGUGUUGCAAUGCCAGCUAGCACUCCGCUCUUGGUCACAUUGCAGCAGCAGCCAAUCAGGGACCAGGUAGAGCAAUAUGUGAAUGGGGAUGAAGAACUUGAUGAUUUGCAUGAGCUGGCGCAAUUCCUGGGCAUGCUUCGCUUUUGUCCCGUAGCAGAACGGGCUGUGGAAGGGGAUCAUGCACAGAUCCACAAGAAAGUUGCCCUCGCUCGAAAUCACACACCAGCUUAUGUCAGUCUGGCUCGCCGCAUGAACGGGCUUCGAAGCGAGACCGUGGCAGAUGCAGGCAUUGUGAAGGAGUUGGCAUCUUUCUAUGAGCAGGUGCACAGCCCUAAGAAGGCGUUGGUUUCACUUGGUCUGCAGCAUCACCCGUCAGCUUUGCGCAUCAGCAACUACAGGGACCCGCUUCACAGCAAGAUAAUUUACCAUGCAGAUGGGGCUACCAUGUACCAGCGAGAGCAACCAUGGUCGGAUCUAGGUCCCCCGCAGCCUCCUGACAGUGACAGGCAACAGCCACCAGGUUCCGAGGACCCCGAUGCAAAUCGUGAUGACCAGCCGGGCCCUGCAGAUCAGCCUGAGGGUGCAGUUCCCAGACAUGUUCCUGAUGCAGAUGCACCGGCUUCGGUUGGUAGUGCAGCUGGGGCGACUGCAUCCACAGAGCCACCGCAACAGCUUCUCCGCAGGGCCAGGGGGAAGCAGGUUGAUGUUCUUGCAGCACAGUCGCGACAUGAAGCAGUGGUUGCCUUGAAGCUAGAGAAACCUGGUGAAGCACAGGCAGCUAUGUCAGAUGUGGUCCUGCAGCGGUAUGCUUUGCAGUCUAUGUCGGCACUCAUAGAAGACGACGGUUCUGUAUCUGACAAAAUUUACUCCAUGCCUUUCAGCGACCAGGCGCUUCGAUCUUUGCGUUGGGCGGCGUCUCGGCACUCCGCCGAUGGCCCUGUUCCGGUCUUGGAUUGUGACUCAUUCAGCUUGCGAGGCCAUGUUUGCAUGCAGAUCAUCCGCAAAGCUGUUGGGAGUGUUGUGUUGCCUACAGCCACGGGCUUUCGGAAAUCAGAUUGGGCAGUGUCGUUCUUGAGGGUCGUUUCGGUGAAGCGGCUGGGCGCUGGCGAAUUUGGUGUUGUUGUCAACUCCAGUCCUGUGAGCUUGCGGAACUUGGAUUCAGAUUUUGCAGGGUCUGCUACGCCGGUGGUGCUUUGCUUGGAAGCUUUGCCUCUGGAUUCGUUGUUGGGCAUGCGAAAGUGGGAAAGCACAAGCAGUCUUUCAUAUCGUUUCAUCGUGCCAGCAGAUGAUGUUGACAACUCUGCAUUUUCAGGUGCUGUGUGUCAGUCAUUGCUGCAUGAUUUGUUGGGUGCCGGUGCUUAUAUCCCGGCAAGCAACGACCCGCUGCAUACUGAGAAGUGUGAGCUUUUGGCCAAGCUUGAAGUUCGGGGCUGGGCUGAGCGUGACAAGGAUGGUGGUUGGGUAGUGACAUUCAAGGGUCACCGGUACAUUGAAGUUGAGAAUCUGCUGACAAGUUUGGGCAAGGUUUUCCAGGCUCGCGACGUGCCGCUUGAGGACAUGGAAAUGGUAGAGCUUGUGCUGAUUCUUCGCGACAGGGGCUGGCAGCAUAAAGGGUUGGAAUCAAAGCGGGCUUUGGAAAAAGGUGCAGCUUACAAGGGUGCCGAAGAUGAGAAGAUUUGGUACUACCUCGUGAACAACCCUUCGGUCUGCAAGGACUACCUCUUGUGCUUGCUCAAUGCUGAGCAACAUGGUCAGCCUGUGCCGCAUCUUCAACAUGCAGGGGCAUAUGCUGCAAUCUUGGGGAAGCCAGUUGCUAGCAAACCACGUCGGAAGAAGGGCGCUGGCCUCGUCUUCCUGAAUGACGAGGAUGUUUGGGUGGACGAGAUGCCGCUGACUACGAUGAUGAUGCUGAGAUCGCAGACGAUGACCAGAUGGGCGACCAGGCCGAAGAUGAUGCUGAGAUGGCCGGAGAAGGAGGUGAUCAUCAUGAUCCACAACAAGACGGAGCUGGAGAAGCAGGAGCAGAAGAUGCUUCAUCGUCCGGUUCUUCAAGCAGCUCUUCAAGUUCCUCAUCUACAUCCGGGUCAGGGUCUUCAUCAUCAUCCUCGGACAGUGAUUGAGUACGUGGAGGAUGAAGCGGGAACCAGGCGUGUUGUGGCCAUGCCAAAGGGUGUCAAGCGAAGGCGCGAUGUUGCGACAUCCUACGGCCUUUGCCGAAUCACGCCCACGAAGACCGGCUUCCAAAUGACGUGUAAACACCCGGGGCACGAGACAGCAAGUGGCACUGCAUGCACUAAGACGAGGAGCUCGAACAUUGACGGGCCCGACGUGGCUCUCAGACUUUUGAAGUUCUGGGCACAGAAAGGCCGCCGUGUGUCUUCCAAGAAGAUACAUCAGGAGAAAUGUUGGAAAGAGGUCAUGAAGGCUUUGAAGGACGGCUCGCUGCCAUCCAUGGAAGAGCUGGAUCGAGCACCUGUCCGGUCCUAUCCCGGUGACGGCGAUGAUGGAGAGCGGCUCCAUAGAUUGCGAUUUCUGCUUCAGCGAGGCCUUUGGAUUGACUCCGACUAUUCUGGAGUUGCGGGGGAGUACGAGGUGAUGCACCAGAUGCUUCAAGCACUGAAGCAUGUUGCCCUAGAAGCUGCCGGACUAGGAGGCGAAUCUGCUGUGUCAUGUUUCAACAAUGUGAAGGUAGUACACGGGCGGUUUUGCGACAAAGGCAAGCAGCAGCAAGACAUCCUCAAAUACAUCAGCAGCUUGCACAACAACUCCGUGUGCCUUUUUGGUGACCUCAACGACCGCUUGCCAACUGCAGCUAGGCAGCUGUUGGAUUCCAUGAUCCCGGAAACGAAGGUGACGCCCGCAGAAGCAAAGGAAGCUUAUUCGAACAUGUCUCAGUGGUUGCUGGAGAACCGUGCCUGGGUUUUUGCCCCGGCAGGCACCAGCCCAUGCUUGAUUCAUGGCACAGACUGCCCUUUGGUGAAAUCAGUAGAGCCAGCUUCAACAUCCCCGGCAACCCCUCCACCGAAGCGGCGAAGGUUGUCGUUUUCAGAGUCUGAUACCUCGAAGAUGGAUGUUGCUGUCGCAUCUGGUGAAGAGGAGUCUGUGCCACUGGCGCCGGCAUCUAGGGUGGAAGACAUGGUGAUCAGCGAGUGCACCCCUCGCUACCCGGUGAAGGCGCACUGUUCUGCCGAAGUGCGGUCCCGUGUCUUUACAUGCAGCUUGAAUCGAGAGAGCAUGGCCUGGGUUGGGCCUGAUCAAUCUGCUGUUGCUGAUCAUUUUCUGCAGUUGUUUGGCAGAGAGAUACAAGCAACUGCUGAUGUUUUCCUUGCCGCGACUGAUGCAGAAGUCUUUGAUUUCUUGCGUGAGCGGGCAAGCAAGCGAGGCGUGCAGUUGCCAGAAGACAUGUCUUGGCAGGACGUGUCCAUGCAACACGUCUACGCUCCAGGACAGCUUGUGAGAUUGGAGAAUUACGAGAAGGCCAGGCAAGAAGUUUUGUCUGAGAAGCAUUCAGAUGGUGCAGAUGAUGCUGCCGGCUGCUAUCACGAGGCUCCUGGGGAAGUGGACGAGAUCGAAGCCCGGUCUCAAGCGCCUCGCGUCAUCAUGGAGGAUGACUUCGGCGACUUCAAGGAUUGCCCGGACAUCGUAAAGCAGCUGGAACUGGCCAAGACAAAGCAGGGUGAGGCCGGUGAUGGGGCGGCGCCAAGGGCCGGUAGAUCCAAGGCCAAAGCGAAGGCCAAGGCUGCGAUGCUGAAAGUUUGCUUCAUCACAACGUGCGAGUCCCAGUGCUUGAAGGGCAAGAGAUGGUGCAAACCGCAUAACCAGACUUAUGACAACAUGCAUUACCAAGCCAGAAAAGCCGGUGAGGUCGAGGCUUUGGAUGAAGCAAUGGGCAACAGCGCAACGGCAACUGCAGCCAUGGAGGAGUUCGAGGAGAUGAACCCCUCGGAUGGAAAAUGGAAGCGCAAACAGCUGAUCAAUUGGUCACAGUUCAAGCGGCUUUACUGUGUAUCCCAGAUCAGGAGAAGCCGCCAAGGAACUCGCCCGUUUGAACACGGUGAGUGGAUGAUCCGGGGCCAGUCAACCAUGGGGUGGAGCAAGUCGGCCACUCAGAGUGAGUGGGAAAAGCAUUUCAAGGAUCCCAGCAUUCACCGAGACAAGCUCGGCAUCGACAAGAGCGACCGCCUCUGGAUCCCGGUCAUAGAGGAGCGCCACCGGGACACCGAUCACAUCAAGUCCUCCAUGCUCGAGGAGGGCGGGGCUCAAGAGAAGCAGCUGAGUGCUGAUGACCGUCGUGUGCUCUUGGCUCAGUGCAAAACCAACCUGCGAGAUCGUGACCCUGACAGCUUCUUUACUCACGAUGCCGAGGACACUGAGGAAACGCCGCCUCCAAAAGGAACCAAGCGUGGAUUGGAGGAGGCUGAUGAGGCUCAGACUCCAGCCGAGAAGAAGUUGAAAGCCAAGCUUGACAAGCUUUCCUCCUCAGGCCCAGCAUUCACUGCCUUCAAGAACGCAGCCGCCACCAAGGUUGAAGACAAGCUUGCAGCCCACGUGAGAACAGCACAGAUUGUGAGGGCCAAGAUGAACGAGGCCCGUACGGCCACGGAGGAGUACAAGAAUGCGCUCACUGAGAAGGAUGCGGUUGUGGAUUCAUGGCAGGGUUGUGUUGCAGCCUGUGCAGAGAUUCUGGCAACUUCGGAUUAUGAUAUCCCCAAUCCGGCAGGUGACAAUGCACAGGAGACGUUCGAGAAGUACCAGGUCAAGCUUGAGGACACGCUCAAGAGGCUACCGGAUGUGAAGCUCGUGACGGGCGACAGCAAGCUGUUUCCGAAGGGCUACUUCGAGUGCCAGGCUCAUGUGAUGCGGGCCUGCAAGACAGCUCAGGAAGUGAACGACAUUCAGACCGCGCUCAUGAAGACGCACCUAUGUACAGUGGACUUGUUCUUGAAAUCGAUCCUGAAGAUCUGCAACGAUGCUCAGAGCUACAUCAGGCAGAAGAAGGCUUCCCAGGAUCGUUCAGAGGCCAAGAAAAAGAGACAGCAGGAGGCGGAGCAAACUUUGAAGGCGAAGGAAGCCGCCAAGAAUGCAGCCCAAAAGGCCAGGAUGUUUAGCAAGCAGGCCCACCCCAUCUUCGGCAUCAAGGAGGACUCGUGGAAGGCCUUCUUGGUUCACUCCGGCGAGAACUUUGACGUCGCCGCGAACGUGAAUAAGCCGUGGGUCAUGCGGGCAAGUGCAGCUGCUAAGACUUGGAGGAAUCACUCAGACAGCAGUGUGAAACUCUCUGAGUUUGGCGGGGCAUAUCGCAAGACUCCCUCGAUCAAGGUUGAUGGCAGGGCCAUGGCCCCUGUUUUGCAAAAGCAGGGAAAAGAGCAAGGCGAGGCGAUGAUGCAGAAGUUUGCUCCGACUACGAAGUUGUUGGACCUCUCCAAGCUUGCAGACGGGGCCCUCUUUCAGGCCAACUUGUGGUAUUGGGGUUUCGACAACAAGAUGUCUGGCGCCUUCCUGGCUCCCAAUGCUGCAUCCAUGAUCCGUGUCGUGGCUAUGGGGUCUGUGAGUAUGGUAGCCUUUGACGUGGCCAAGAUCGUGACUCAAAUGGAGGCCGUGAACAAGGCGCCAAACAGCCUCUCAGAUGUCACGGACUUUAUUCUGAGCUUGGAUGACACGUACUUCAUUGAGCAUGCUGACGAGAACCUUGGCUACGCCACGACGCUCAACCAAGAUGACAUUUGCUUUGUGCCUCAGGGCUGGAUCAUCGCGGAACAGGUCUCAAGCACAUCAUCCUUGACUUACGGUGUGAGAAAAAGCUAUCUCAUCGAUGAUGUUGCAUCCAAGAACAGUUACCUGGCAGCAGUCAAGCUGCUGAAGAGUGGCGGCGGCCGCAACACCGAGAAGAUGGAGGAAGUGGCCAAACAGUUUUCCGAGGAUGCAGUCGUGGGUGAUGGAGCAGCUCCGGCAGCUGAGGCAGCUCAGGAGCGUAGCAAGUUGAAGCACAAGCUGCCGAAAUGGCUGCUUCUGUACGUGGUCACACCAGAGGCUGACGGCCACGAUGCAGAAGUGCGUUUGGCUUGCAGAGCCACACGGGUCGUGGAGCACGUUGGCGCAAUGAAGCCAACGGAUGCCCAGGAAUGCCAGAUUUGGAGGGCGUGA